GGUAGGAAAUGGAGUAUGAACAAAAAACAUAAAAAAAAUUCUUUCAUUUAUAAUUUUUUUUUUUUGUUUAUACUUCGUAUCUCAUUUUAUUUUUGUAGUAAAUUAUGAAAUGUACUCUUAAAUUAUCAACCAAAAAAGAUAAUAACUUGACCAAUGACAAUUGAUGGUUUACUAGAGUCUUAACUAAAUAAAUAAUAAGUAGCUUAUUAACUAGAACUUUUUAGUUUGAAUUUAAGAAAUUAAAGUUUUUUUUUGAUAACUAUCUAGGUAAAUUGGUUUAUUGCAUAAACUGUUACAUAAAUUUUAGUAGGCCCAAUGGGUUCUACGGACCCAAUAACAAUCGAUUGCCGUGGCGCGAUGUGAUUGGCUAAAGACUCCUUCGUCAACCGCCGGGAUUAUAAUUCAACCAGCGAAGAAAAGCCGGUGACUUCCACAUUCACCCGGUGGAUUUCUCGCCGGAGCUCUCCCCAUCACUACCUUCUGAACAUGUCUUCCGAUGGAGACAACAACAUCUCGACGCCGGUAGCGGUGGCCUCCUGCGUCGUUAUGGCACUGUUCUACGUCUUGAUCCUUUACGCUCCCACCGUCAUCCUCCGCCUCCCGUCGCCUUCUUCCUUCUAUAACUUCAUGAUUCGCCGAUUCGUCUGCGCAGCUAUUUCAACCGUCGCGUCUCUCGCCUUCACAGUCUUUAUACUCCCGAUAAAAAGCUGGGAGGCUUCUGUUAUACUUGGAGUUUUUGGCAUAAGGAAAGAUCAUCUUUGGCAAGGAGUGGUGUAUCCCCUUCUAUUAACCUCGCUUGUUUAUGCCGGAUCUUUGGUCUUGAACUUGUUGUUACUCCUGGAAUCAUGGAAGGAAAAUGGUGAAGCGUGUAGUUUCUUUACUAAAGUGAGAAGCUUUGUCCAAGCAAUCCCUGCUUGCAUCAUGACAUGUGCUUCUGAUGUUUCCUUUUGGCGAAAUUUGGUCGUGGCACCGUUAACUGAGGAGCUGGUUUUCAGGGCCUGUAUGGUACCUUUGCUUCUGUGUGCUGGAUUUAGGAUUUACUACGCUAUCUUCCUCUGCCCAAUUCUCUUUAGCUUAGCCCACUUGAAUCAUUUUAGAGAAAUGUACAUUAAGCAUAACCGCAGCUAUAUCAAGGCCUCACUGAUUGUUGGUCUUCAGCUUGGCUACACAGUCGUUUUUGGUGCAUAUGCAUCGUUUCUCUUCAUCAGAACCGGACAUCUCGCUGCUCCUUUGUUUGCUCAUAUAUUCUGCAAUUACAUGGGAUUGCCUGUGCUGCUACACCCACGAGGAAAAGGUUUGGUGAGUGCAGCUGCGUUAGCCGGUGUGGUUGGAUUCGUCACACUUCUCUUUCCUUUAACAAAGCCUCUCAUGUACAACGAUAGAACCAACAAUUGUCCGUGUUGGCUUGGCUAUUGUUUGUGGAAUUGAUACUCUGCACUCAUAGCUCUGAUCUUUCUUUUUUUCCAGUUUCCACUAAUCAUGUCUUAUUUGUGUUUUUUAACAGAUUGUGGUCCGUUAUCAAGUUACUUUUUUACAGAAUUGUUUAUAAAAAUGUUAAUGAAAUUAAAGGAGAAAAUGGCUGUUUAGGUACACGUAAUGUACCGUAAA